AUGCCCAUAGAAAUAACCAUCUCAACGCCCCUCCCCGCCGGCGCGCAGCCCAGCCUUGUCCCGAAUCUCACCACCACCUUCUACUACUACUACUACUACUACCACUACUACCACUACUACUUCGCUUCUCCCUCCUCCUCUUCCGAUGAUGAUAAUGACUCCUCCGACUCCAACCCCAACGUCGCACCCGUCGACGAGCCCCACACCUUCCAAGUCACGGACCGGCGACCCACCGGGCAGACGACGUACCGGCUGACGCUGACCAACCGGGCCGAAGGCAUCGACUCCGCGGUCGACGGCAAGGCGCCGACGGGAUCCAUAGCCAUCCGCGCGCGGUGGCGCGUCGUUCUGCCGCCGCUGCCCGCCGGCGACGCGGGCCUGCUCGAGGAACACGUCGACAUCGAGAGUAACAUGAUCACCAGGAAGAUGGUCAAGAGUAGCAUCGAACGGAGCCACCCAGAGUACCAUCGGACUUUUCUCGCCGAGGCGGCUAAGGCGUCAUGA